AUGGUAAAAGCACUGAGUGAGCCUUCUGAGAAGACCAUGAGUGAUGCCAGCUUGCCAGACAUUCUAAAAAAUAAGAGGUCAUGGCAGCAUGUGCUUUGUUAUAAUCAUACUCUUCAGCUUGCUAUUAGUGACACACGGAAGAAAAUCGAUUUAAACGCUGUUAUUGAAAAGGUAUCCAGCAUGGUAGCACGAUACAACAGGAGUAAAACUUCAAGAGAAUCACUCCAGUUUUUCCAGGAAAAACACAAGCUGCCAUUGCAUGACCUAAUCCAGAUGGUUAGUACAAGGUGGGAUAGUGAGUUCCUCAUGCUUGAAAGGUUUGUCGAGCAGAAGGCAGCUAUCACUAGUGAGCAGUGUAAAGCAGGUGUCAACAGCCUAACAGCCCAGGAAUGGAAGCUGGCAGAAGGAUACGUUGAAGUGCUGCGACCAGUAGCCAACUUUACAGCUGAAAUGGGAAGCUGCAAGAAACCAACACUCUCCAUGGUGCUACCUGUGUUGUUUGAAAUAAAGUCAACAUUGGAAGACUUCAUCAAGAAAUCCAAGAAGGGCACUGGGAUCAUGUUUGCUAAAAUUUUGCUGGCAAAUAUAAAAUUAAGAUUUCCAGACAUACAGUACUUUGAGUCAAAGUUGUACCAAAUUGCCAUGCUGCUUGACCCCAGGUUCAAGAAUGUUCUUGUCAGUGACAAUCUACAAGCCGCUGCACUGCUGGAAGACAUGGCUCUAGAAAAGUGGAGGCAACAUAUUAGAAGAGGCAUCAUUCAAUGCACUACUACCAACCAAGAAGCAGCAAACAUAUCAGCCUUAUCUGCAUCUAGCCAGAAAAAAACAAAGUGGGGUCACUUUCAAAAGAAAACUGUGAUGGUCAAAAAUAUGGAAAUGCCUGAUAAAAUGGACAGCAUAAAAAGAAAGGUAGAAGCUUACCUGCAGAUACCAACGAUUGGGGCGGAUGAAGACCCGCUGGCUUGGUGGAGAGUGAACAAAGCAGCCUUUCCACUUCUCGUUCCUCUCGCCCGCCACUACUUGGCCCUUGCUGCAACUGAGACGUCUAGUGAGAGAGUUUUUUCUGUUGGAGGCAAUGUAGUUAUGCAGAAAAGAACAAAUCUACUCUCGCAGCAU